AUGACGAUAGAACUCUCCAUGAAGCCUUCUGAUGACUUCUGGGAGGCCUUCGUCUCCUGGAUUCGUUCACUUUGGCCUUUCGUUCUAUCGGCUUCGGUGUGCGCGGCCGUUCAUUAUCUUAUUCAUGGGCGGGUUAAUCAACGUACGAUCGCUCAACAUGAAGAAGCGAUUCGAGCUAGAGAAGCUGGAGUAUUUGCUCCUGACCUAAGGCCAGUCAUCUUUGAUAAGGCACAACGAAGAUUCAGACGGGUUACUACGAAAGAUAUGACUAAUAGAGGGGAUAUACAAGGUGAUAUGGCUUUGGAAGGGUAUUUGACUACGGGUGGUGAUAAUCUACAUAAUUAUUCAACUGUUAACCGGGAAGACCUUUCUACUAAAGUAUUAGAAUCUGCUACUACUUCAGAAGACGUAAUGGCUCCAGAAUCUAAUUCUACAAGACCACUCUCCAGCCUCAAUCCUUUCUCUAUACCUACAUUCUUUUCUAAUCGAAAAACUUCGGAUGCUCCGUCUGUAGCCAGUCAUCGGGCUUCAGAAGCGUCGUCAGUUCCAGAUUCUGGGCAUGUAAGCCUAAUGGAAUCUGUCGAGACUUCUGUAGACUAUCCAGAGUUCUUAAGCCUAGACAAUGAUGAACAUGUUACUUUGCACGACGAAGGGUCUAACACUGAUCAUGGGACAUACGAUGACAAUAGUUGGUCUUUAAUUUAGUUUUGGAGGGGGGGGGGGGCGAAAUGGGAUAAACGGAGGGUAGAUUUUGGAGGGGGGGGGGAUUUUUAAAAGUUUUAGGCUGAAGCUGACAAAUGACCAAUAUUUAAAAAAAAAUUAGAUAAACACUGCCUAUGGCAUUUUAAAAAAAUUUUCGGGGUGGUAAUUUUUUUAAUUAGGGGUGGAUAAAAUAAAAAAUUUAAAAAGUCAAUAAAUAGCCAAAUCGCUUAACACCCAAUCUUUUAGGCCGCAACCUGUUGAACAAGAAGGAAGCCCCACCCUCGACCAUAAAGGAGUCCAGCGAGUCCAGCCAAACCCUCGAUGAUAACGAUGGCGAUAAAGGUGAUUUUUAAGCGUCUCCCACCGUGCCGUGUUAACGAGCAGGCUUGUUAUUAACGCUCGAUCAUUAAUUUUUGACAUACUAACGCAUUUUGAUUGUUUUUUGAUUGCUGUGUGCUUGUUUUUGAUCCUUCUUUAUAUGCAUCUACCCCUACUCUUAAUUACUUUACCCCUAAUUACCAUACCCUCCCCUUUUUUGCAAGUUCUGUUUCUAGCUAACGUAACAUAGUAAGCUUAGCAAGCUGAAAAAUAGACAGAAAAUUAAUAGUUAACAUUUCAAGCGUCUUUUCAUUCAAAUUAUUUAAACUUUACAAAAAUUAGCUACAUAUGAUGACUAAAUUUCGAGGUUUAGACCUACUACAAUAUCGGAUAGACAAAAUACAGACAAAAUUUAGUUUGUAAAUCUUUCUUGGAUAGAAAGCGAUUUUAUUUUGCUAUUAGUGACAAAUAUAAUCAAAAGGAUUCUCAUCUUUUAUCGAUAAGCAGUUUUAUAACCUUUUAACUAACCUGCAGCCUGCGCCUAGUCAAAAUAUUUUUUGCAAUUUAAGAAACUGAAAAUCUGUGUUUUUAUGAAACGAUACAUAAAAAAUGGUUUUUCAUACUAUAAUCUACAAUUUUCAAUUCUAAAACUUUAAGUUUUACGCUAAUUAAUUUUUUUAAAUUUUUUAAAAAUUUGCGAUUUUUCGGUUUUUUUAAUGACAAGCCUAAUUAACAUAGUUUCUUUUUUAGUUAUAGUAACCUUGAUAUCUUGUUUUCCUAAUAAUUCCUAAUAUUUCAAUUUUUUCUGCUUUUUUCAAAAGUUUUCGGACUUUUUGCACAAUGCACUUUCCAAGGCUGCUUUGGGUGCACGGUGCAGAUUUUCCGAGAAUUUUUGGUAAAAUACGCUUCAGAUGCUUUCGAAAGUGAUAGAAAAGUAUUAUUCCGAGAAUUUUUGAAAUAGUUGUUUGUAUGGGUUUGCAAAAAAUGACUCGGAAAAGUGAAAAAAAAUUAUUUUUUGGUAAAAAAAACACGAAAUUCUGAUGAAAAAUGAUGACAUUUUGAUAAAAACGUCAUUUUUGGCUUAAUUUAAUUAAAAAAUUGAUUUUAUGCAAAUUUCACAGUUUUUGAAGUAUGCUUUACUCAAAUUUUAAAGUAUUUUUUGCUUGGCCUGCAAGCUUCAAAUUCACCCUUAAUUUCAAAAAUCGACCCCCUUAUAAAUUUCCUUUUUCUGGAGCUACUGGUAGUCUUAGUAUCUUUGAAGCUACUGGUAGCUCGCCAGCCGUCUCUUUUUUUACUCUUCAACUUUCUGUUCUUUCUACUGUAGCCUACUGUAGCCGAAUGUACGGACAUUUGAACCCCUCCCAACAUAAUCGUAUUGCAUAUUUGAGUCUGAUGAUAUCAAUAAACCGAAAUGUAUGGCAAACGACCGAAUUUUUUGAUUUUCUUUUUUUCUUUUCAUUCUGUCAGUACAUUCGGUGACACACUUUUCGUUUUUUUGUGACAAAGUUGUUUGGCAGGUUGGGGUUUGACAAGGUUAAUGUGUGGACAGGUUUGGACAUUGACAGGGAUAAUGGUUGAUUUUGAAGUUUGGGUAUAUUAAAAGUGACAAAAAUUACAAUUUUUAUUAGGUUGUUCAAGAAUUCUGUGCUCCUAAUCCAGAAAAUUUGCAGAGGGGGCACAGCAUAAUUUGAAACGUUUUGAGCUUUAAAAUCAAUUUUUAAAUCACAAUUGUAAAGGAUAUUGUUGUUGUAUUAGAAAAAACAUUGAAAAGGAGGGGGGGGGGGAUUGAGCAGAAAGUAGUGUUUUUGAAUAGAAUUUUGAGAAGAAAGUGCUGCUGGGCAAAUAAUGAAAGUCAAACAAAGUUUUUGGUUUUUUGGAAAUGAUUUUUUGAACUGUUUUUGAAAUUUUAAAAUCAUUUUGGGAUCAUUUUUUAUUAAUUUUUUGCCAUUUUUGAUCUACACCCAAGUUAUUUUAGCUUAAAAGUCAAUGUUCUAUAGCUAAUUUAAAAGCUUUUUUAAUUUAGCAUAAGAUGGUAAUGGUUUCAAAAUGAUAUACUAGGCUUAACCUGUUCAAAUUUGAAAAAACCCGCCGGCAACUUCACUUUUUUCGUCUUUUAUGCACCUCUUUUACUAUUCUUUUUAUAAUAAUGUUGGUAUCUGCACUUACUAUUGAUAGAUAGCUGAACAGUAAGAUAAGAUGGCAUUGCCUAAGGAAAAGAUGACAUUAUUAAUUGAUCUAUCUAAUAUUUUCAUUUUGGGUUUGAUUUUAUAUGAUCUACGGUAUGUAUAGGGCUUAUUAGGUAAAAGUAGUACCAUAUUUGGAUAUACGGUACUACUUUUAUCUAUUUGGGUGUAUGGUACUACUUUUAUUAUGAUAAGUUUUUUGGCUGGAAGUACAGUAGAAUCUUGUCAUGAGCAACGCCGUUAUAUCAGGUUGUUCAAAUAGUUCUGUGCCCCUAAUCUUGAUAAUUUGGUUUGAAUGAGCUCAAAAUUAUUUGAACAAAAUAAUAGCAAAAAAAUUGUAGGUUGUUGUAGUUUCUUAUAACAAGAUUACACUGUUAUUACCUAUAGUACCAUCCCUAUGCCGUAGCACUAACUCAACAUUAAAACCCAGUUUUCCUUUUUACCGUAGUGAUUUGCCGUUCCAUUUUUGAUCUGUUAUCACACUGAGAAGGCCGGAAAACGGCCGCAAACUUGCCCCAACGCUUUUACUUUCUCUAUGAUUCUGCAGCUGGCUCCUCGACCUUCUUAAAGCACGAGAACACGGUGGUGCGAGUGGACACCACCACCGGCAUGCCCAAGACCAAUAACGUGGUCAACAAUUCCACGGUCGUUCCGGCCUCGCCCACGCCCGCCACCGCCACCCCACGCCAGGCCAACAGCUUGCCAGGUGAGCUUCCAAUCACGUUUCUUAAGGCAUUUCUGGUCUGGUGCUAAUUGCACUUUUUCUUUGAAUUUGCAUAUUUGCACUUUUUGAAUUUUUUUUCAAAUUUGCAUAUAUUUAAAAUUUUUAAAUUUUAAUGUUUUUUUUUGCAUUUUUUGCGAUUUUUUUUUCUGAAAUUUGCAUAUUUUCUUUCAUUUUACGCAUUUUCUAAGUUACGCGCAGAAUUCUUUGCAAUUUCAAUUUUUUUGCGACUUUUUUAAAUUUUAAAACCUAUUGAAAUGCCUUUUAAACUUCCAAGUUUAAGUUACGAAAAGCCGAAAACCCGCUAAUGCUUAUUGCUUAUAAACCAGAAUCUUACAAAAGUUUUGUCGUCAAUCAGCACUGCUUUACACUGACAAAAACGACAAGACUUUUGUGACGUUUUAAUGUCAAUUUAUUUGUUGAUAGGAUCAACUUGAUAAUGUCCGUUCAAGCUUAAAGUUGCAAAACCAUCCCUAAUUUUGCUUUUUAUUUUUGUUUUUACAGCAUUUUUAAAAUUUUUGAUUUUAUAAUACUAUAUAGGUUGUUCAAAUAAUUCCGUGCCCCGUAAUGUCGAAGAUUGCCUUUGAGAGGCAGCUCAGGGUUAUUUGAAGAGCCUCGUAUAAAAUGUCGAAAAAAAAUUUUUUCAAAUUUAAAAAAAAAGUUUUGUCGUUUUAGAGCCUACAAAACUAUGUAAUUUGACGACAAGACUUUUUGAAUUUAUAAAUGCAUUUAGAAGCGUUUAGCCAAAAACUGUAAAUUUUUAACAAUGUUUGCUUUUAUUAGGUCGUUCAAGUAAUUCUGAGCCCCUAACCGCCGAAAUUUUCUUUGAGGCACAGAAUUAUUUGAACGACCUAAUAUGAAAUUUUGAGCCUUAAAAUCAAUUUUCAAGUCAUCGUUUCAGCCUAAAAAUGAAUUUUUAAAUGGCAGUUUAGCUUAAAAAUCGAUUUCUAAUUGACAUUUUAGCCUAAAGCUCUAAUUUUAAAUUUUUUAAAAAUUAGUCCAAAAUCAAAACAUUUUUGGCCAGCUUAAUGUUGCCAGAUGCGUCAUUUGGCGCGGUUUGUAUAGUCAUGGUUGGUAAAUAGCUGAAAUCGGUUGUGAUUACUCAUUCUUUGGGCCGUUUCCGUUGGUCGAAACUCUCGGUUUCCGUGCCGUUCCUCCUUUCACAUCAUAAAGGGAUCGUUAUAUGGGAUAGUUAGUUGGUCGGUAAACAAAAAAAGGCUAGCGAUAAGCAGAUUUGAGUUUGAUAAAGGAAAUUGGCAAAUAUUGGGAUGGCGAAAAAGUUUUGUCGUUUUUUAUCUGUAAAAGUAGUGUAAAUUGACGACAAGACUUUUUUUAAUUGUUUAAAAAAGGAUUUUUGAAAUUUAAGCAAACUAAAAUUGUUUCAAAACCUUCAAACUUUAUCCUAACCGUUCACUCCAAAAUCCAUUUUCCUUAUCAUAACCAUCAAAUAAUCACCAAAAACUGGGCCCGAAUCUUUAAAAACCCUCCGGGCUCGAAACCCGUCAAGUAGGUGGCCCUCACAUAUUUUGAUUCGAAACACAACGCCUCGGGGUCUGUUCGGGAUGUUCCGGCCCUCAGGGGAUGAGCGACGGCCAUUAUUCCCAGUCUUGGUCGUCUUUCGCCUCAGGGCCCAAGAAACGGCGAAAAGACCGAGGGCUAGUGUGGAAGUUGGUGGGACUGUUAAGUGCAGUCCGAUAAAUUAAACGAGAGUUUCGUUCAGUAUUUUAUAUUGGGAUUUAUAGAACGCUGGGAACGGGUUGAUAAACAAAAACAUUGAUUUUGGGAGGAGGGAGGGGUGGGUUUUGGCCGAUUUUUAAAAAAGUUUUAGGGUUUUUAAAGGGUUUUUGAGAUUUUUUAAAUUUGUAUUGAGGGGGGCUCAAAACUUUUCGAUUUUUAAAAAAGUUUUAGGGGUUUUAAAGGGUUUUUGAGAUUUUUAAAUUUGUAUUGAGGGGCCUCAAAACUUUUUUCACAACGGUAGAAGAGAGGUCAAAAAGUCCUAAUCUAAAAAUUAAAAAAUUUUUCAAAAUUUUUUUUGAAAAGUUAACAGAGGAGACCACGUUUAACUUUGUCUUAAAACUUCAACGGCCAAUAACUUAUAUUCAAAUGGCAUUUUUAUACUAAGAAAGCGUGUUUAUAACUACUGUAAUAUUAGUUUACCGUUCGUUCCCUAUUCUAAUGUUUAGUUAUCAGUUUUUUGCUAAACUUUACUGAGCUAUAGAUGUACGAUCCGGUGUUUAAAACGCCCUUGCCCCAGUUGUCGCCGCAUUCGCAUUUGGUCAACGGAAAACGGAGCAGUCAGACUGAUCCUGGUCGAUGUAAUCUUUUACUGGUUUUAGCCGAAUUUUUAAACUUUUUUUUGAGGUUUUUUGAACUUUUAAAGGUGAAACAGAAGGUUUUAAAUCUAAUGGCCUCAGGGCUUGAAUUUAUAGAAAUCUUAAUGAUACUUAAGAUAAACAAGCCUAGGGCUCAUGUUUAAGGUCAAGAUAGGCCAAAAACGCAAGUUUAAGAUAAAAAUAAGCCUAAAACUCGAGCCUAAGGGAACAAUAAGACUAAAAACUAAGUUUAAGGUUAAAGUAAGCCUAAAACUCAAGUUUAAAACCAAAAUAAGCUUAAAACAUAAGUUUAAAAGCAUAAUAAGCCUAAAACUCAAGUUUAAAGCCAAAACAAGCUUAAAACUCAAGUUUAAGGUCAACAAACAUAUGUUAAAGUAAUAAAGCCAGCUAUAAACUUUAAUUAUGCUUUUUCAUUUUUUCACGCUCUGCUUUCUCUGCACUCUCUCCCACACACACACUCUCUAUUUUUUUUCAACUUUAUAAACAUGAUUUUAGUGCAAAAACAAGAGAUCGUUCGGGUCACACAACAGCUUCUUGAUGCCAUAUCUUGUAAAGACUUUGAGGCCUACUCGUAAGUUGAUACCUACUUGUUAAUUCUUUUUGGUUUAGGAAAGGUUUGAUGUUUUUGUCAUAAAAGUUAAAAAUGAAAAAAAAAUUUUUAAUUUCAAAAUUUUUUUUAAAUUUACAUUAAAAUAUUGAUUUUAAAGUUUAAAUUGUUGAAAUUUCAAAAAGUAUUGACAGAAAAAUUUUUAAAAAUAAAAAAAUUUUUUGGUUUCAGACGUCUCUGUGACCCCUCGAUGACGUGCUUUGAGCCAGAAACAUUGGGGAAUUUGAUCGAAGGCAUGGACUUCCACAGAUUCUACUUUGAUAACAGUAAGUUUCAAUUUUAAAUUUUUAAAGUUAUUAACUGCACUAAGCCUUUUAAUUAAAAAUUUUUUUCUUCGCUUCCCUACUUUUUUUUAAAAUUUUACUUUAUCCUACCCUAACAGGUGUUUUCUUUCCCUAAGGCAGUCCUAUUCAUAAAAGCAACUAUGGAAAAGGCAAGAGCAAGAAAUUGCCCUUGCCUUUGAUAAUACACUCUACUUUACGUUACCCUAUCCCAUCUUACCUUAUUUUACCUUACAAUAUCUUGUCCUGCCCCGUUCUAUCUCACCCUAAUUAACCCUGCCUUAACUCGUCCUAUAUUAUCCUACUCAACCCUACCCUACCUUACCCUAUCAUAAUCUACUCUAUCAUACUCAACCCCUACGCUACUCUUCCUUAUUCCAUGCUACCUUACCCUACUUUACUCUACCCUUCCCUACACUAUGCUACCUUACCCUAGUCUACGCCACCUUGCCCUACCCUAUUAUGUCUUACCCAACUUUUGAUAACACCUCCUACAGUACUUUAACUACCCAUUAACCCCAGCUAAAUCCAAUAUAAACUAUAAACCUCCUUCUUUAACGACUUCUAUCGCUUCCGCUUAACGUACUAUGACAUUCACAGUUGUUCCAGGGACCCCGUCCGCUUCCACGAAACCGGUGAAUAACACGUUCGCGGCGAGUAAGCUCAACUCCCAGAUCCACACCACCCUCCUCAACCCCAACGUCCAUCUGAUGGGCGAGGACGGGGCCUGCAUCGCCUAUGUCAGACUAACACAGUACGUUGAUAAGUAAGUUGAUGUUCCGUUUUGUGGUUUGUUAUCGAAACAUAUGUUGAAGUAAGGUCAAGGAAAGUGCCUUUAGAUUGGGGAGAGGUGUAUGGGGUGAUGGGUAAAGGAGUAUUGUAGGAUAGUGUAAGGCGUACUAUAUGUAAGGUAGAGUAGGGUAAGAUAGGAUGGGGUGGAAAGGGCAUGGUGAAAUAGGAUGGGUAGGGCAGGAUACGGUAAUAUACAAUGUGGCAGGGCAGGGUAGGGCAAGAUAGAAUCGGUUAGGAUAGGGCAGGGUAAAAUAGGAUGCGGCAGGGUGCGCAGGGUAAGAUAGGACGGUGUAGGGCAGGGUAGGGUAAUAUAAGAUGAGUUAGGAAGGGGUAGGGUAGUCAUAUGUUAAAAGUAGGGUUUAAUUGUCUCCCCCUGUUCUCCCUUUCUAAAAACACCCCGCCCGACACUAAUGGGUAGGGUAUUUAUAAAAAGCAACUAGUGAUGCUUAUCCCCCCCACCAAACUCAUUUCCAUACCCAUACCUACAUACCUUACAUACCCAUACUUACCCAAACCUACUUGCAGAUACGGCGAAGCGCGCACCAGACAAGCGCAAGAGACACGGGUAUGGCAUAAACGGAAUCGGGGAUGGGUUUGUGUUCACUUCCAUCGGAGCGGGGAUCCGCCGCCGCCACGCCCGACCAGCUGCCAGUGA